AACAACUAACCCGCUGGCUUGGAUAAACAGCCCAGAUGGCUGAGGAAAUGUUCUAUGAAGAAUCGCCCAGAAGUUGGAUGUACGUAGUGUUGAAACGUUGAUCGCCGAAGAUUUUAGCCAAAGGAAAAUGGCAGGUACUGCAAAAUUUAACAAACUGGAUGCUCUGGUGCAGAUUCCAUCAAAGAACGCCAAGGGAAACGUUCCUGCCGUACAGUUCGGCAAGCCCCAGGUGGAUUCGAAAACUGGACUUGUGGUGCUGCAAGAAUGGUGGGGCCUGAACGAUCAGAUACAAGAGGAAGCCCAGGCCAUCGCGAGACAAGGCGGCUUCGUCACGAUGGUUCCCGAUCUUUACCGAGGGGAGAAGGCUGUAGACAACGAGAAGGCUGGUCACUUGAUGAACAACCUAGACUGGCCUGGGGCGGUGGAAGACAUCAGAGGGUGUGUCAAGUAUCUGCUGGAGAAGGGCUGUACCAAGGUCGGGGUCACUGGAUUCUGCAUGGGUGGGGCGUUGGCAAUGGCUGCUGCUGCGCUAGUUGAAGAGGUGAGCGCGGCGGCUCCGUUUUAUGGAAUCCCAGGCGACGGCUUGUGUGACAUUUCUAAAAUAAGCACGCCCCUACAGUGCCACUUCGGCAGCAAAGAUGCAAUGGCCGGAUUCACGGCGCCCGAAGACCAGACCAAGAUGAAGGAGAAGUUGGACAAAGGAAAGGUUCCGUACGAAUUUUACUCUUACGACGCAGGCCAUGCCUUCACACACAAAGGAGGCCCCAACUACAACUCGGAAGCAUCUGAGCAAGCUCUAAGAAGAAUGUGCGAAUUCUUCAAAAAGCAUCUCUAG